AUGGCAGGUAGAGAAGCUGAGGAGGAGAAAGAGCUGAGGAGGAGGAGUAUGAGGGAUCAUCGAGGUCCUCAAGGAGGUAGAGGCCGCAGGAGAGAGUGGAGAGAAAGUGGAGCUUCAGCGAAGGUCAGAUCUAUAGGGGACAGCUUAUCGUACGGGGUUGGAAUGUCUGUCGAAUUCAAGACUAUCUUGAAGCCGAAGUUCUGCUACAUGCGAGUUCAACUGAGCAUUGCGAAUGUUCCAUCGACAUUUCUUGAUCUUCGAAUGUACAAGAGCGUAGUUAUCUCUUCCAUCCACGACAUGUACGGCGAUGUUGGGCUGCCAGGAACGAUCGACGUGAUUGAGAUGAUGGAAGACAAAUCCGCGAUCAUCCGCGCUCCAUUCGAGAAAGCGACAGAGCUCAGAAACGCUCUGUCCUUCAAGUCAAAGUUUGACGGCAACGAGUGCGUUCUGCGAGUGCUCAAGGUCGCUGGUACUCUGAUCUCGGUGCAGAACACUGGGACUUUCCAGCAUCAGUCGCUACCAGAACCGUGUGCAUGA